AUGGACACAUGGAAAUGGAUCGUCUGCACUGUCGGUGCCAUCGCUGUUUUGGCUGUUAUACCUAUUGGCGGAUUAAAGUCAGAACAUAAAAGGAAGUCAACAAGUGAAAGUAAUUUUCCAUCAACACCAGUCGAAUUUCGCGGUUUAUGGUGUGUAUCGCAGCAGAAAAUUGGCGGACAAAAUUAUUCUUUACAACUCGGUCAAGCAUUUUUCUAUAAUAAUGGAACAUUUACCAUGAAUUUUUUGAACGAUAUUUCCUAUACUUGGGUAAAUCAUUUUCUCGCAGUCAAUGAUACGGAUGGCAAGGGUACCUAUCAAGUGUUUACUGAUACCACUCAAGGUCCGGCUCAAUAUAUCAAUGUGAGCUCAUGCUUCUGGAGACGUCGUCUUCCCAAUGGAGAUCUCCUUUGGGGUCAACAAUCGAAUGGUACUUGUACGCCCACGUUCGAAAAUGAGACCGCUCCAUUAGCUACUGUCUACACGCGCAACAAUGCGCAAUGUCAAUUAUUCAAUGAUGAAGGUUCCUUCGAAAAGCUCACCAAUACACUCUAUGAGUCAGAGCUCCGUCGAUUUGAUCAAUUAUUGACACAGGAAAAACGAGAAGCCGUUGUUUUCUUCGGCAGCUCGUCGCUUGUCGCAUGGUCGACAUUAUCGCAAGAUUUUGCUGACGUUCCCAGUGGAGUUAUCAAUCGUGGUUUUGGUGGUUCGUCUCUGAAAGAAUGCUGGCAACAAUUCAAGCGUGUCGUUCUACCAUUGGAACCACGUGCAUUAAUUGUUUAUGCCGGUGAAAAUGACGUUGCCGGUGGUGUGAAUUCAUCAUCGGUUUUCUCGUACUUUCAACAGUUUAUUUUCACUGUUCGACGUUUCUAUCCAUCGUUACCCAUAGCCUUUAUUUCGCUCAAGCCAAGUCCGAGUCGAGUACAUAAAUUAGCAAUAAUGAACGAGACCAAUAAUCUUAUUCGAGAGUAUAUUCCAAGUUUGACCAAUGUACAAUACAUUGAUGUAUUCAGCCCAAUGCUCACAUCUGACAAUAAACCACGAGCGGAACUCUUCACUUCAGAUAAUCUACAUAUGAACGCAGAAGGUUAUGCCAUUUGGACACCAUUAGUGAAAGAUUAUUUGAAGGCGCAAGGAUUAGUAUCUGCAGCUGUUAGAAAUCAAUAUAAUUUGGUAUUAAUGACCUUUAUCGCAUUUGCCUUUCAUUAUGUUCUUUUUCGCUAA